AUGGUCCGGACUCGACCCACCUAUAUCUAUCUUCCCGAUACUGCCGCAGGCUGGCCCUUCCCCAGAACGGUGAACCCGUACUACGAGGAAACGAAGGCCGAGUCCGAAGCCUGGAUUUCGAGUCUGUACCCGUUCGACGCAUAUGUGCAAAAGAAGUUCAAUGCCUGCGACUUCAACCACAUACGCACCGGCGCCGACCUGAUGAUGCUGUUCUUCGUGUUCGACGAAUAUUCGGACGUCGCAUCCGUGAAAGACGCCCAGGAGAUGGUGGACAUCGUCAUGGACGCCCUCAGAAACCCACACAAGCCGCGUCCCAAAGAUGAGAACAUCCUUGGCGAAAUCGCGAAGCAAUUCUGGCAGAGGGGCAUGAAAACCGCAUCGGCACCUUCUGCCCGUCGCUUCGUGGACUACUUCGAAGGCUAUCUCAAAUCCGUUGUAGAGCAAGCCCAAGACCGAGAGCACAACCGUAUCCGGAGUAUUGCUGAGUAUUUCGACGUGCGCCGUCUUACCGUAGGAGCACGUCCCUCGUAUGCUCUGAUGGAGCUCGGAAUGAACAUCCCGGACGAAGUCUGGGAAGACCCUGCUAUGGAGAUUAUGGCAGUUUGCGUCACGGAUAUGAUCAUUCUUGAUAACGACAUGCUAUCUUGGAACGUGGAGCAGAGCAGGGGUGACGAUGCGCACAAUAUCGUCAGGAUUGUCAUGGAGGCGAAGAAGACGGACGUUGCCUCCGCCAUGAAGUGGGUUGAGGACUACCACAGUCUGCUGAAGAAGACGUUCCUGGAUGUUUACAAGAGUGUCCCCUCGUGGGGUCGAGAAGUCGAUGCCCAGGUCCAAGAAUACGCCCGAGGACUAGGAAAUUGGGUGAUUUGCAAUAUUUCCUGGAGCUUCGAGAGCGCUCGGUAUUUCGGAAAGGAAGGGCGCCGUAUCCGCGAAGAGAGGGUCGUGGCGAUAUUGGAUAAGCCCGUCCUUGUAGGGGUUCUCGAGUCUGAUGCCUGA